UAGUAUUCUGUUUUCGGUACUCGACGGACAAGCGGGAGCCCCACCCCUUUCCGAUGGCCGGAUCACAGUCACAUCAUCGCUAUUGUUAAUCGAUGAAAGACAUUCUUAUUUAGCAACUGGUAAGACAUCUAUAACAUUCAUAUAUAUAGAUAGUUUUAAGCUUGUGCAUAUCUGAGGUUUACAACAUAUAUCUACCUAGUUAUCUAAGGACAUUGAGCAAAUAUCAACAUGGCAGCUCCAAUCCCCGAGGCGUUUCGGAAUAUCAAAGCCCUAACCUUCGACGUCUUCGGCACCGUCGUAGACUAUCGCACCUCGGUUCCGCAAGAGCUCGUGAGACGAGCCCGGGAGAAGAUAGAAUCACCUGGAUUUAGCUCUUUGCCAGAGGCACUGCGGACUCGGUUCAAGGGGAUGACCGAAGAGGACUGGGCCAAGGUGACUCAGGAGUGGAGGAUUAGCUAUUGGGAAUUCACGCGGUCCUUCGUGCCCGGCAAGUCGGAGUGGAAGGACAUCGACGCGCAUCACUACAGCGCCCUGCACGAAAUUCUACGCAAGUGGGGACUCACCUCGAUCUACACGGACGACGAGGUGCGGUCUAUAAGCCUGGUCUGGCACAAGCUCAAGCCGUGGGACGACUCCGCGGCAGGCAUACGGAGGCUCGGGACCCGAUACGUCACUUCGACGCUGUCGAACGGCAACCAGUCGCUUCUGCAAGACCUAGACGUCUACGGUGGUCUGGGCUUUCGGAAGAUCCAGUCUUCCGCCGAUUUUGGCGCGUAUAAGCCGCAUCCGACUGUGUAUCUGGGAGCGGCAGCGGCACUUGGAGUUCGGCCCGACGAGGUUGCCAUGGUUGCCGCCCAUCUUGCCGACCUAGCCGGCGCACGCGGGACUGGGCUUCGAACGAUCUAUGUGGAGCGCCCCCGCGAAGAAUCGUGGGGGCCCGAGGAGCAGCAGUAUAAGGAGGCGCGGGAGUGGGUUGAUUUAUGGGUUAGUGAGGGCGAGGAAGGGUUCCUCGAAGUAGCGAGAAGACUCGGGAUACCCGAGUGAAGCGCGCAUAGCCCAAUUGUAGGCCUUUCUGAGCCUUGUUAGACAUGGGGGUUCAUGAUCCUAAUCAUGAGUGUUCUUUUUCUUUCUCCGCCAUGACUAACGAGAAGUAGCUCAAAUGAUAAGUGACAUCUCGUAGCAGGAUGCGAAGAAAAUUGACAACCCGAUUCGGCGACCUACGAAGAUUUUGAGCCCAAGUGCCCGGAUGCUCCACCGGAACCUAGUCUAUAUUCAAUACCCUAAGUUCCUGCGGAAAAUCUGAAAGUAGCGGUGAUGUCGUACACCUCAGGCGCUUUACCCAUUCGUGGUCCCAGGAGGGUGGAAGAUGCGGCAAGUCCCGAUGACCGCGGCUCCCACGUGCAUUUAUCGUGUAUUUCGGGUGGUAUGCAAGUUGCGACCUCACACGAUACGCUUUACCUACCUAUGAACACCGAGGUCUGUAUUGGCACUAGUCGCAAAGGGACUCGGAUGCCGGAUU